CGCCCCAGGAUACCCCGCGCCCCGAUCGUGGAUUCGCUCGGGAAAUCCGCUCGAAGCCGUAAAACUUUCGACCGCAGCCGUAUAUUUUGCUUCCGUAACCGUAUGAAGAGCAUAUUUGGUCCGUUUCGAUCGGGAAAAAGAUCACAGCCGUAAAACUUUCGAUCGCAGCCGUAAAUUUGCUACCGCAACCGUAUGAAGAUGUCCUUUGGUCAGGGAACCGUAUAACCAUAAAAUAAUUUUUGUUGAGAACGAGUUGAUUUCCAGAUUUUUAAUCGUACACAAAACAAUCAGUGAACUGUAUAACUUAGAUUGGCCAGUAGUAAAAUAUACAUUUAUGAACCAUAUAUGAAUCAUACAGAGAGCCGUAAAUCAUAUUGUUAUGAAGCGUAAAAUUUAAUUUUAUGGUAACGAGUGAUCUUUCGUACACAUAAACAUAUUCAAAGUAUCCAUGUAACCAUAAAUCAAUUAUGAUUAAAUCUUUUUUCGGAGUCGUAGCCAUUUAAAAGGGCUCCAUUCAAUUUAGUUUGUGAUCCGUUUCGAGCAUAAUUUUUAGCCGUAAAACUUUCGAUCGCAGCCGUAAAUUUGCUUCCGCAACCGUAUGAACAUGUUGUUAUUUACGGAGGGCGUUAUGAGGGGGAAACAAAAUGGGCGCCAUUCACGGGAUGACGGUUGGGCCAAUGGGGGGAGGUUACAUGAAAAUAGAAAGGCCUCAGGAAAAAAUGGCCAAAUCAAAUGGAGAAUCAAUCGGGAUAUUGCGGAAAAGGAUUAGGGUUGGAGGUCAUCCGAGUGUAUGCCAUGGGACGACACCAUGAACACAGCGCUGUGCGUAAGCAGCGGCGGAGAGAGACGAUCUCUAUGCAAAGCAAUAUACCCACGUGCCCUUCACCCGUAACGACGCAGCAGUUUGUGCGAUCUGAUGAUGACCGCAGCGACUUCUGUGCCCGAACCAUGGCUGCGUCUCAACCAACUCCCGAGAGGACGAUCGACCUGACAGCUCGGAUGUCGAUACCUUCUCAUGCAUCGGAUACAAGGACACCUCCAUCAACACUGGCGCCGGAAGAGAUGGCAACACCUGAGGAGGGUCUAACAUUUACUCACGGAGACAAUGUGGAUGAAUCCAUUAUACCAAAGGUGGGAAUGUUCUUUCCAGCAGAGGAGGAUGCGUAUGAGUUCUACAAACGGUAUGCAAAGGAGGCUGGAUUUGGAAUAAGGUGGGACAGGACUAAGAAAAUAAUUAGAGAAAUAUCAUGCUCAUUGGCAGGGAAGUGGCAGUACUUCAAGCCAGGGGAAACAAGGAAGCGGAACAAGUUCUCUAAAAAAACAGGGUGCAAAGCAUACAUGAAGCUGAAGGAAGUGGAGAAUGAGGACAGAGAGUAUGAUGGCAAGGUGAUGGUGGAGAAUAUUAGGCUGUUACACAACCAUCCGUUAGCGAAAACACCAACAGUAACAAACCAGAUGGAGUGUCACAAGCAUAAGGAUGAGACGGUGAUGGAGCUUGUGGACGAACUAAAUACAAGCAAUGUGCCAAUCAACUGUACGAUAAAUAUGCUGAGCGAGAUGCAUGGGGGAGAGCAGAACGUCCCACUAACAGCACGUGACAUAGGUAACAGGAAAGCAGGUAAGACGCGGGAGGAGAAUGCAGAUGACAUAGGGAAAUUGAUUGAAUUUUUCCGUUACUGUCACGAACAAAAUCCACAGUUUUACUGGGACGUUGAUUGUGAUAAAGAUGGAUACAUCAAGAACAUGUUUUGGAGCCAUGCAAGCAUGCAGGGGGACUAUGCGGACUUUGGUGCCAAUGAUGCAAUGACCUUUGACACAACGUAUAAGACAAACGCAUAUGAGAUGCCUCUUGCAAUGUUUGUUGGAUCGAACCAUCACAACCAGAACGCUAUAUUUGGGUGCGCACUUCUACGACACGAAACAAUUGAUGCCUUCAGAUGGUUGUUUGGGACAUUCAAGAGGUGCAUGGGAGGGAAAACACCAAGAUGCAUCCUAACAGAUGAAGACCCAUCAAUGAAGGUGGCAAUACCUGAGAUGUUCCCGGGUAUAGUACAUAGGCUGUGCAGAUGGCAUGUGGUAAAUAAAGUGCAGACUAAACUCAAUGAGCUGUACGAGCUGCACAAAGAACUGAAAGAUGUGUUCAAUUCAACCAUCAACCAUCCACUGACACCAACUGAGUUUGAGAGUGCGUGGGCAGAGAUGUUGUCAAGAUUCAAACUGCAAGAUGACCCGACAUUAAGAAGCCUGUACAAUAUAAGGGAAAUGUGGGUAAAGGCAUUCUUCAAGCAUAAAUAUUGUGGAAGGAUGACAUCUACACAACGGAGCGAGAGCACUAACAUGAUGGUUAAAAACAACUUUGUGAACCACACAACUGUGCUCCAUAAAUUUGCCAAGCAAAUGCUGAAGGUUAUCCAAAGGCGGAGAGCGGCCGAGGCCGCAGAGGAAUAUGGUGGCAUGUGCAGAACAGAUGAGAGUGGCUGGGGAUUUGUUGAUCAGCUACGACGGGUGUAUACAAGAAGAGUUUUCGAGCAGGUACAGAGGACAGUGACUUCAGCAACAAGGUACCGAAUUGACGAUGAUCCUGUGGGGGGGAAAACCACUACCUGGACAUGGGAACACACAGGUUUGUUCUGCGAACAUCUGAUUCGAGCAUUCAUGCAAGCACAGGUGGAGAGUAUACCAGGGAGCUAUAUUCUUAGGAGGUACACCAGGAAUGCAAGGAUGGAACUUCCAUUUGACCGACAUGAUGAGAGAUUGGUUGGACCGGAUGGGACAACACAGAAAUACCGGCAAACAACGCUGCUAGUGGUUGCAAUGGCAAUUGUUCGUGCAGGAAGCAUGUCAAGACCGGCAUACGACAAGGCAAUGAAAGAUCUGAAAAUUCUAAGAGGACAUAUUGAGAACCUACCAGCAGACAUUGGACAUUCACAAGGAGAAACAAGUACAAUUACCUCAAGACAGGGUUGGGAGCAAACAUAUAGCAGCCAGGCGACAGAUGGCAUGUGCACAGAAGAAAAUCAUGAUGAAAACAUUCACACUACAACUGUAAAUGGAAUUAUGGAGUCAAGAGCACCACAUAUAAUCAAUAUGGUCAACCGUGCACCCCCUCCAAAGGCCAAAACCAAGGGACGUAGGGUGGAUGAGGGAGAGAAGCGAACACUAGGCGCAAGAGGGCCUAAGAAAUGUAACCGAGCUUGCAAGCUUUGUGGAAUCGCAAAUGGACAUAAUAGAGGAACCUGUCCAGAAAACCCAAAGAACAAGGACAGGAUUGCCAAGCUGAAUCAAGGUCCGAGAAAGAGGGGGAGGCCAAAGGGUAGCGGGAAGUCAACGGUGGCAGGCAAUAAAAAUAAGGUUUACCGGUCGCUGGAUGAAGAUCUGCACGUGCGUAGAGUUUCUGAGAACUAUUCUGAAGAAGAAUAUUCAGUUGGGGAUGAGGAAAAUGCAACUACAACGGAUGAAGAUUCAGAAUGA